AUGGAAAAUUUGAUUGGACCAGUGUGGGAUAUGAUAAAACUGAUGUGGGAUCCUGUUGGUCGCCGAAUACAGCGUGCCAGAAGACUAGGUGAGAAGAUAGAAAAACUUGACAGAGAUGCUCAAAAUCUAUUUAACAGAAGAAAAGACGUAGAAAAAGAGCUCUCAAACAACAUUGGUAAAGUGCCUAAUGAAGUAUGCAAAGGUUGGAUUGAUGCUGUGGAAAAGGUUGAACAACAGAGAAAUGAGAUCAAAGAUGAGUAUGCACUAAAUAAGAAAUGUUUUUCGGGUUUGUUUCCUGACGUAAAAUGGCGUAUGAGUUUAGGGAAGUGUAUUGAGGAAGCAGUUGUUCGUAUUGGUGAGCUCCAAGAGAUGUCAAAGUUUGAAGGAGGCAUUGUUCUUGAUGCACCGCCACCUGCUGCUGAGUUUUUGCAGCUGCCGAUGACAGUGGAGCCUGCACCAAUUGACCGUACUUUGCAGAAGUUAUUGGUACCCAUAAGAAGUGAAAAGAUCCAUAAGAUAGGAAUUUGGGGAAUGGGUGGUGUCGGGAAGACAACUGUAGUGAGAGCUUUGAAUAACUUACCGGAGAUCUCAAUAACUUUUGAAAUUGUCAUAUGGGUUACGGUCUCAAGUCAGGGGAGUUUUGAGAAGAUUCAAAAGGAUGCUGCAAGGCGUUUGUCAAUUGAUGUACACGAUGCAGAUCCUAUUCACACAGUGCCAAUGGCUUGGUGA